AUGCACGAAAGAAAGGCGAAAUCAAUUGAACACGCCGAGAGAUUUGGCAAGAACGAUGAAGCCUACCCAGCCACGAGCCUUUCCGAGGCACCAGGCCUUCCUCGAAAAUCCCAAAAGCCAAGAAGAAAGACCGCACCGGUAUUCUCGUCCGCGGUGUCUUUUUCACUGUCUUCGCGACAUUUUCGUCGAAAUUGUCCCGCAAUCUUAAAACCCCAAAAUUCUCCGGGUCCCCUUUUUGCAUCUGCUAUGUGUUGCUCUCCUGGCGCCUCUCCAUGUCGAGUGUCUUCGGGUGUGUCUUCCACGCGAAGAGAGCAGGAGUCACACCAGACGGAGAGCGCCGCGGAACACAGAGGACGAAUUCACGCCUUGGGGACAUCUGCAAUUCGAACUGAAGAAGAAAGGCACGAACCUUCCUCUUCGUUUUCUCCUGCCCGGCCCCGAAUCUCCGCUUCACCAGCGAUGGACUCUUUUGCGGUAUCACGCUCGUCAUCCACGUCUCUCUCGGUCCUUCCUCGAUCGGCUUCCCUUUCGAAUCCCUCAUCAUCCCCUGGCUCUUCCGAACCACCCGGAAACGAGCUUCCCCUCGAGAACACGCCUCUGUCUGCUAACUUUGCUUCACAAAUUCCUCCGCCUGUGUCGCCUGUUCCACCUCCUGUCUCGUCUCGUCGUUUCUCCGGUGUGCACAUCGCAGCUGACAAAGAAGAGCCGGCUACGUUGCCACCAUUGGAAGCCGGCACCCCGGUCUCUAAAUCAGAUCUUUGUCCAAGUUCUUCCUACUCCCUUCAGGGCGACAAUCGCCCCUAUACAGCGGCAUGUACCGCUCGUAGCUGCUCUCUGUCUUCCUCGCCUUCUAGAAAUGCACCAAAUUCUCGAGACAUGCCAGGAGAAGCAGCUCCUUCCUGGUCGAUACAGGCACGAGGAAAAUGUUUGGUGUCGCCUCGGACACGUCCUGAACGAGCUCGCGUCUCUCUCAUAUGUGACGGUACAUACCCACCCACCCCUCCCCCUUCUGAUUCACCUGCAGUACAGCGUUCUUCCCGCCUUUCUCCCUCAUGUCAAAACCCACUUCUUCUUGAGCAUCUCCGCUUGCCUCCUCACUGUCUAGAAAUCACCCGUCGCGCUCUGGAGGCGACCCUCCACAACCGGCAGCUGAGCCUGGCGGUAGCGGCGCCUCUGUUGGUGGAUGAGAACGAAUGGAUUGCUAGUCAGCUUGCCAUUUGUUUAGCUGAUCUACAGUUGCUGCUGUCUUGCAUCUGGGACGCAUGCACAUGUCCCGUUAUGGCUGCAGGCUCGAUAUUUUUCUUGGUUCUCAAAUCUGCGGCUGUUCCUGAGCGUCACUUGCGUGGACGGGGACCGAGCCUCUUAUCCGAGAGCCACGGCAGAGAAACUUUUUUUCGCAGCGGCACACAGUGUCCCGUUUCUGACUGCCCGCGCGCGCUAGACGACGCUCUGGUCACAAGAGAAAUGUAUCGUUCUGAGCUCGUGAAGAAGCCGAUUUUCCGAGCAACACACCUGAACAGAGGUUUCAUCAGUCCACGCGCCCACAACUGUAUGGACGGGCGGUCUAUGCGUUGGGGUGGACAGCACUUGAGAGACACAGAGAGGGGCGAAUGUGACCAGAGAAAAAGGGAACACAAACUACACGAGCAAACGAAACGCCUCGGAGCAGACAUCUCCUCCGCCCUUAAUUUCUAUAGAAAUAGUGCUGGUGGCACGUCCACACGGCCGCUCGUGCCGUCAGAGCUGCAGCUCCAUACAGCGAGAAAUGGCGAGGGGAGCAUGGAUCAUAACGUGUAUCUGCAACGACGCUCACUUCAAGUGAAAGACGCAACGGGAAGAACCCCCCAAGAAACCCAUUCCACUUCAGCAUCCCCGGAGUCUUCGCGGCCUCUACGCAUUCAGUCUGCGAGACAGUACAUGGAAACCGUUCUAGCGUGGUGUGUCGCCCAGAUCCACCACGGCGAUUUGCUGAGGCGUCCUCCGAAAGCGUCCGGUAAACCUCCGGGGUAUUCCAUCCUUUCUUCUGGACAAGGAGCAACAGUUGUGCCGGAUACACCGACUUCGCUCCCAGAAUCCGGUUCACACCCUGCAAAUAAGUGCUCCGAUGAGGAGCCCGAGACACUGGAGGGGAACGCAGCUAUUGCUCGCAAGUCUGGAGAGGAGAAAACGCGCGGCAUUGGAAAGACCGGGGUAGAGAAGGGAAAGGCAAGCAGGAAAGCUGGAGAAAUUGAUAAUCCUGGGCUUGUCCGUGGCUGGACGCGCCGGGAGAGUCUCUUAAACCGAAAUAGUGGCACACGAGUGGCAGAUGUCAGACAACGAGGCAGUUUCUGGCUUGCGAAAUGCUUUCAUGUUGUUGACGAAUGCGAAGGAGAAGCGUCGCAGAGAGAGAGAGACGUACAGCGUUUUAGGAAGGUUUCGUGCCGCAUGUGUCGCCGCCUCUUCCGGUGCUACGCCCACAUUUACCACUUCCACUUAGAUUUGCUUUGCACGUACGAUGUGCUUGCUCACGUUAACCGCUGUUUCAAGUUUUUUCUCUUUUUCGCCCACAAAUUCCAACUGCUCGCGGAUGCAGAUACAGAGCCCUUGCGCAACCUUGUCACGCACAUCCUCACAUCUAAUUCUCGCGUUCAAGAAAGCCUGGAUCCAGAAAGCAAGCAGUCUUCGUUACCUUCUCCCGCUUCUCCACCGUUUUCGCAGUCGUUCUUCCUCAAAGAUCCCGAGACAGAACUGAGAGGGUCGUACAGAGCCGCGGACUCCGAUCUUCACCUGAGUGAAAAUCUGACAUCUCUAAACCCACCGAGUGAUUCUCCCGCGUCUUCACUCAAAGCGCCAGAACCUUGGAACUACGUGUCUCCGUCUGAAGAUGCAUCUGCCACACCACCUGUGCUGUCGCCAGACAGUCCUGCAGAGUCGUCUUCUGCCUCUACCUUUUCCUCUGCCGAUUUGGUUUCUCCCCCAGAAGCGCCUAUCUCCCCAAGCGAUGCACAAGAGAGGCCAGAGACAGACGAUCUCUCUUUUCCGCUUGCAUCGCAUGCCUUCGGCGAACCUCCACCGACACGCGAUGGCAUGGCUGCUUCCUCGCCUCUUUGCGCUAGAUCUCCUCCCCUUUCUUCCUCGUCCUCUUUCGCGUUUCGUUCUUCCACCGAGUGUACAGCGAGGUGCGAGACGUCGUCCGAUUCCCAGGGCAACCUCUCGAAAAACAGCGACGUCUUCCCUCUGCCGCUCCUCUCCUCUCAAGUGUCUCUGGAGACAUCAAGAGACGAAGACUCUUCUCAUCGCUAUUGUUCUUCCUGUGCUUCGCGUCCUCGCCCCCCGACUUCUGUAUCGUUUUCCACGGCGAUCGCGCCGUCGGGUACAGUGGGAGAAACAGGAGAACCAGACGCCGACGAAAGAGGCGAAGGAAAAGGGAAUGCAACAGACACGGAGAGUGCGAAAGAGUCAGAAAGGAAAGAACAAGAGAGCGAGGAAAAGAACAGGGAACAAGGGGCGCUUACAGUCCAGAUCCGACAAGAGGCAGAGACCCCUGACGCAGACACUGAAAGCGAAGACGCACUCGAGGACGCAGGGGAGCCGAGAACGGACAAAAUGGAUAGAGAUCUAAUGACCGCUCUCGCAUGUGAUCUACGCAAGUCAGAGCAUCAACGGAGACAGGUGGAGGUGUUGACAGGAGAAUAUCAACGUUAUGCUCUUGAAACUGAAGACGUAGACCUGCCAGGCUUCCCAGACUCCCUCAACAUCGAGUUGCACCGCGUCGACAGCUACGAGGAGUUGCCUCUGCUGCCUGAGCCGGAAAACGAGAAAGAAGAAAGCGAAGAGGCAGAAGCAGAGAAAGGUGUACAGAGGAGAUUUCCCGAAGACAGAGACGAAGAGGAAAACACAGAAAAGAGAGUCCAGGGAGAAAGAGCAGGAGACAUCGAAGAGCACGACUGCGUCAAGAAACAGGAGUGGCAAAACAGAGGCGGACCCAGGCAAGAGAGGCAUCGGAAAGCAGAUGAACUAGUGUGCGCUAGACUCGUAGGAGAAGAUGUGCCGAUCUCAAAACCGGUACACGAAAAAAAGAGAGAUGAAAAGUGGAAAAAAAGAGUCAAACCGAUACUGCCUUCUUUGGCGCUUCAAGCCCCAGAGUUGAACGAGAUUCAGAUGGCUCUGAGAGAGGCAAAAGCCCUCAAACCCACGACGCCGCAGUCGGAACGGGACCGGGGGCAAAGACGAACUACGCGAAUGCUUCUCGAAUCUCUACUUCUUCAACAACAGCCGUACACUUAG